AUGUGCCUGCCCGCCUUGGACUACGCCGCCGUCCACCUAGGAUUCGUUCGCAACCAGGAGGACCACCUCGCCGUCGCCGUCGCCCGCGACGCCGCAGCCCGGAGCCCCACACCUCGCCGGACCUCCCCGACCGCCUCCCCGUCGUCCUCUCCGUCAACGCACGUCGUCCUCGUCCUCCUCCCCAAGGGCCUCCCUCGAGCCUCGCCGCCCCCUGGUGUCUACUCGCCCGUGAAGACCCCAACCCCCCUCUUCUACCCUUGCCCCGCUCGACCCAGUGAGCUCCCAAACUACGCGCUAGCACGAGCCGCUCUGCCCCUGACCCCCCCUCGUGGCCUCGCCAUGCGCGCGACGCGCCGCACGCCCGUCGCCGUGCUCUGCCGCCUGCACCGGCGCCUCGCUCGCGCCCAGCGACCGCGCCCUCCCUGGCACGCGCACGCCGCCCGCUUGCUCUCCCCCACCCCCCGCGCGCCAACUAUCGCCGCUGCCCCCUGCCUGCACCUCCGACGCGCUCGCGCACGCGCCACGCCUUUCGCCCGCCGGCGUCGUCGCCUCGCCCGUGCUGCUCGCCGUCCGCCGCUGCUUGCCGCCGCCUCCCUGCCGCCGACUCGCCCGCUAGACACGCCGCGCCCGCCUGUGGCUGCCUUGCUGCCGCUGCUGUAG